AUGGACUCAGACUCGUUAUAUUACUCUCUGGAGCUCGUUGGCGGCAGCGGAAACACUUUAAACGUCGAGCAGAGAACCGCGCUGCAGACUUCCUUAGUGCUCCUGAAGAAAAACUACAAGUUCCAUCGAGUCUUGUUCUGGGGCAAAAUACUGGGGUUAAAGGAGGAUUAUUUUAUCGCUCAGGGGAGAGGAGAGGAUGAAAUGCAGGAUAGAAAGAACCUCUACAGCUUCAACUGCAUGGACUGGUUCCUGCUCCCUCCUGCCACAGACUCUAUGAUGGAGGAGGUGUCCAAGGCUGCAAAGUGUCGCUUCACAGGAGACCCCUCACAUGUGUAUGAGCAUCGUGACAUCCUCAGGCAAGGAGAGAAAGAUGAAGAGGAGGUGGUGACCAAAGUCAAUGAGGAGAGCAGACUAGCAGUAACAGUUCAUCACAUCGAUGACGAAGUGUCUGUGAUACCACGCGGCGCCUUCAUCAGGAGUCCUCACGGCCUCGUCCAGAUCAACCGCAGCUUCGGUGGUCUGUCUCACUCAGAAGCAGGGAAGCUUGACAACUUCCUUCACUUCAGCCAAGCAAAGAAUCCAAAGAAGAAAUCCAUCCUGGAAAUGGGUGAUUUGAACCCAGCCGUCGACUUCCUGGAUGUACUGAGUGAUGAUAUUCCUAAAGGAUCCUGGAGCCUUCAGUUUGAAUAUGCCAGCAAAGUGUGCGUGCUUCGCAGCCUGUUGUGGCUUGGCCUGACCUUCUACCACGUGCCAAUGACGCCACAGCACGGUUACAUCUACAUCGGUGAUGGGACCAAGAAUUUGGACCUUCCCUUCAUGAUAUAAAAGGACAUCUUACACUUAUUUCAAGCUAUGAAAUUCUCAUAUCUAUGUUCACAUCAACCCUUAAAAUGUACUCUGUGUAACAUAUUGCAGGAUUUUUGUUUAUGUUGUCUUAUAACAAAUAAACUAAAGA